AUGGCUGACAAGAUUUCGAUCGACAAGAAAACUUUCUUCAACCACCUUUCAAACUUUUACGCAUCAUGGAAGGCCGACAAGCGAUCCGGAAAUGCGCUCUUUGGUGGCGCCGAGUCGAUUGUCAUCCUCAUGGGCAAGACCAAGAGUGAUGAGAGCUCCUUCCAGAAGAACAAUGCCAUGCAUUUCUGGCUCCUUGGCUACGAAUUUCCGGCAACCCUCUUUGUCCUUACGACCGAGGCCAUCUACGUGGUUACCACGGCUAAGAAAGCUGAGCUUCUUGAGCCUCUGAAGAAUGGAAAGAUUCCAGUCGAGCUUCUGGUGACGACGAAGGACCCGGAAACGAAAACAAAAGCAUUUGAGAAGUGUAUCGAUGUCAUUAAGGGCGCCGGUAAAAAAGUCGGAACGUUGCCCAAAGAUACCACGACCGGUCCCUUCGCCGAUGAUUGGAAGCGAGCAUUUUCGGAGAUUUCAAAAGAUGUGGAGGAAGUCGACAUCACACCAGCUCUUUCCAGUGCGUUUGCAAUCAAGGAUCCGGAAGAGCUUGUCUCGAUCCGCAACGCCUCCCGUGCCUGCAGCGGCUUGAUGUCUGAGUACUUUGUGGACGAGAUGUCGCGGCUCCUUGACGAGGAAAAGCAAAUCACUCACAAAGCCCUCGCAGCGAAGGUGGAUGCAAAGAUCGAUGAUGCUAAGUUUUUCAACAAACUCGCACGGCUGCCGUCAGAAUUUGAUCCCGAGCAGAUCGACUGGGCGUACGGGCCGGUGGUGCAGAGUGGAGGCGCCUAUGACCUGAAGCUCACAGCGACCUCGGACGGCAACAACUUGAAGCCUGGCAUCAUCCUGUCCAGUUUCGGUAUUCGCUACAAGACAUAUAACUCGCUCAUCGCACGUACCUAUCUGGUGGAUCCCAGCAAGUCGCAGGAGGCCAAUUACGCUUUCCUCCUCAAUCUCCACGAUGCGAUCAUGAAGGAGAUCCGUGACGGUGUUGUGGCCAAGGAGCUCUACAACAAGGCUCUGAGCUUAGUUCGGUCGAAGAAGCCUGAGCUGGAGAACCACCUCACGAAGAAUGUUGGUGCCGCUAUUGGUAUUGAGCUUCGUGAUUCGAACAUGGUCCUCAAUGCGAAGAACAACCGAGUCCUGAAGAAUGGCAUGACUUUGGCCAUCACCGUAGGCCUGACGGAUGUGAAGGAUACCGAUUCCAAGUCCAAGGGUAACGACGUCUACUCUAUGGUCAUUACAGACACCGUGCGUGUUGGUGAAAGUGGACCCCAUAUUUUCACCAAGGAUGCUGGAAUUGAUAUGGAUUCCGUGUCGUUCUACUUCGGCGACGAGGAAGAGCCCGAGAAGCCCGUCAAGGAGAAGAAGGAGGUGAAGUCUAGUGCUAUUGCCAGUCGAAAUGUCACACGGACGAAGCUGCGUGCCGAGCGGCCCACUCAGAUCAACGAAGGUGCCGAGGCGCGUCGCCGGGAACAUCAGAAGGAGCUUGCCAACAAGAAGACCAAAGAAGGUUUGGACCGGUUUGCGGGCACCACUGGAGAUGAUAAUGGGGUUGCACAGAAGAAGUUCAAGCGUUUCGAGUCUUACAAGCGGGACAACCAGCUGCCCCCCAAGGUUAAGGAUCUGACCAUUUAUGUUGACCACAAGGCCUCAACGGUCAUUGUUCCGAUUAUGGGCAGACCGGUUCCCUUCCACAUCAACACGAUCAAGAAUGCAAGCAAGAGUGACGAGGGCGAGUAUGCAUAUCUCCGCAUCAACUUCCUGUCUCCUGGACAGGGUGUUGGUCGUAAGGACGAUCAGCCUUUUGAGGAUCCGUCUGCCCACUUUGUGCGCAACUUGACCCUACGAUCCAAGGACAAUGAUCGACUGGCUCAAGUGGCACAGGAUAUCACUGAGCUUCGGAAAAACGCCUUGCGAAGGGAGCAGGAGAAGAAGGAGUUGGAGGACGUGGUUGAGCAGGACAAGCUGGUUGAAAUCAGGAAUCGACGCCCUGUGAAGCUGCCGGAUGUUUACCUGCGUCCCCCCUUGGACGGAAAGCGUGUUCCUGGAGAAGUUGAGAUUCACCAGAACGGUCUUCGGUACAUGUCACCGUUCCGCAGUGAGCACGUGGACGUGCUCUUCAGCAACGUGAAGCAUCUCUUCUUCCAACCGUGUGCUCACGAAUUGAUUGUCCUCAUCCACGUCCAUCUCAAGACCCCGAUUAUGAUUGGUAAGCGUAAGACGCGCGAUGUUCAGUUCUACCGCGAGGCCACCGAGAUGCAAUUCGAUGAAACCGGAAACCGACGCCGCAAGCACCGUUAUGGUGAUGAGGAAGAAUUUGAGGCCGAGCAAGAAGAGCGACGACGACGAGCUGCGCUGGAUCGCGAGUUCAAGGCGUUUGCCGAGAAGAUUGCGGAUGCUGGCAAGGAUGAAGGUGUGGACGUUGAUAUUCCUUUCCGAGAGAUCGGAUUCACAGGUGUUCCCAACCGUUCCAACGUGCUGAUCCAGCCCACUACCGAUGCCCUUGUUCAGCUCACGGAGCCACCGUUCAUGGUGAUCACACUUAAUGAAAUUGAAAUUGCUCACUUGGAGCGUGUGCAGUUCGGCCUCAAAAACUUCGAUUUGGUCUUCGUCUUUAAGGACUUCCACCGGGCUCCCGUCCACGUGAACACGAUCCCCGUUGAGGCCCUUGAAGGUGUCAAGGAUUGGCUCGACUCGGUCGAUAUCCCUUACACCGAGGGUCCUCUGAACCUGAACUGGACCACGAUCAUGAAGACCGUGGUCAGCGAUCCGUACGGGUUCUUCGCCGACGGAGGCUGGUCAUUCCUGGCUGCCGAGUCGGACUCUGAGGGUUCCGACGAAGAGGAAGAGUCCGCAUUCGAGCUCUCCGAGUCUGAGCUCGCCGCCGAUGAGAGUUCCGAGGAGGACAGCGAAUAUGACGAAGACGCUAGUGCCGACGGAAGCGAUGAAGAAUUCAGCGGCGAGGAUGAGGAGAGUGGCGAGGAUUGGGACGAGCUAGAGAAGAAGGCUAAGCGCCAGGAUAAAGAGGCUCGCAUGGAGGAUGAUGACCGUGGUACCAAGCGGAAGCGUUAG